CCUCCUGCUCCGCUCCACGACACCGUCACUCCCUCCUCACGCCUCGCACCCUCGGCGCCCGCCAUGCGUCUGUCGUCGCUCCUCCUCGUGCCGGCGUUGGUGUGUGCCGUGCUGGCGCAACAGCAGCCUGGUCCGAGCAGCAGCAGCAGUGCGCCCGCCUCGCCGAGCGCCUCUGCCUUGGCCUCUGCCUCGCAGGCCGAGUCGGCCGCAGGCAGUGCCGUUGUGGCCACGAGCAUCUUCACGACGACGCUCUCGCGCGGCCAAGCACGGCCGUCCGAUGCGCCCGCCUCGGGCUCCGUGUACGCCACCUAUGCGCUCUACAUCACCACGCUCUCCGCCUCUUCCAGCAGCAGCAGCAGUGCGAGCGCGUCGUCCGCGGCGGCCUCGGCUGAGCCGACACACACCCACGAUCCAUCCACCGAUGGCCUCCCGCUCGACACGCACAUCGACGGCGCGUUUGGCGUGCUCGGCGUGCUGCUCAUUGCCAGUGGCCUCGCGCUGGCCAUCUUUGGACCGAGCAUCCGCUGGCUGUUCUGCUUCGUCACUGGCGCCUACUGGCUGGCGCUGACGUGCAUCUGCCUCAUCUUCAAGCUCGGCAUCCAGAAGGCCGUCUUCGACCCCACGCCGACGACGCGCGGUCUCUUCCUGCUCGCCGCCGCCGUCGCCGGCAUCCUCGGCGGCAUCCUCUGCAUCUUCUGGUGGACGGGCGCCAGUCUGCUGGCUGCCGCACUCGGCGGUCUCGCGCUCGGUGUCUUUGUACAGGCGUGCAAGGCCGACGGCCUCAUCGGCCCGCUGGGCCUGCGCUGGAUCCUCUACAUCGCCUGCACCGUCGCCUUCGCCUCGUUCUCCUGCUGGCGCCGCGUGCAGACACCCGUGCACAUCGUCUCGGCCGCCUUGGCCGGCAGCACGGCGCUGGUGCUCGGCAUCGACUGCUUUACCACCGCAGGCCUCAAGGAGUUCUACGCCCGCAACAUCCUCGGCAACUGGCUGUUCGAGGACCGCCACGUGCCGACGUUUGCCGACGGCCGCUUCCCGCUCGUCACCGUCAUCCAGAUCGAGCUGGGCGUCAUCGGCGGCUGCACUAUCCUGUCGCUCGCACUGCAGUCCAAGAUGUUCGGCGAGCUGCGCAAGAACCUGCGUGCGCUGCGUUCCGACGACGAGGACCGGCGCACGCAGUCGCGCGCCAAGCGUGCUGCCAAGAGCAUCUUCAAGAAUGCGCAGCGCGACCUGCACGAGUGGGAGGUGCGCCAUGGCUACCGUGCCGCUGGCAGUGAGAUGCGCACCAAGGACACGCCGGACGCCACGCUCGUCUCGCGUCCCAAGACGUUCCAUCGCGACUCGACGAUGAGCCUGCUGCCCAUGCACACGCGCGAGAGCCGCAGUCGCAACGACAGCAUCGCCACGACGUUCCUUGAGAAGCCGUCUGCCGGUGCGCCGUUUGCCGAAGACAUGGGCGUCGCCUUUCCUUCGCCGUCCACGGAGAAUGCUCCGGCAGUCGACCCCAACGCCACGCCCGAGCAGGCGGCACUCAUCGAGGAGAUCGCAGAGAUUCGCCGGUCCAUCACUCUGCUGCGCUCGCGGCCCAACUCGAUGGUCCUCGAUGCUCUGCCCGCUUCUUCGUCGGAGGGCAUGGCGCGCACCGAGUCGACGGCCUCGUCGUCGGAGCGGCAUGCAGGCUCUAAGCCGGCACCUUGGAUCACGUCGGAUCGCUCGCCGCGCGUGCGCACUUUGUCGCGCGGCAUGAGCAUGGAUCUGGCCAGCAUUCCCGACGAGCUGCUGCCGCCGGUGCCUGCAGGCCACGUCGCCGGCGCCGACGCCGCCGAGCCGGCUGCUACCGGUGCUCGUCGCAGCAGCGUCGCUGAGCCCAUGGAGAGCAUGCGGCCCUUCUCGACGCACAGCUCCUCGGGCGCCGCACUGCAGAUGCCUGAAGCCACUGCCACGCCUCCGGCCACCCAUGGUCGCUCGCGCCGUCUCUCGCGCACGCUCUCUGGCGGCAUGCCGCAGAGUCCGCCGCUGGAAGCCUCGUCGCGUCGCGUCAUCGUCGACACGCCCGAGGCAGCAGCCGCUCGCUAUGCCAAGGCACUCAACCGUCGUUCUACGGCCUCGGGGCACGAUGCGCCUCGUCAAUCCGGCGGUGCUGGUGCUGGCCUCACGCUCUCGGAGCUCGAGGAGCGUCAUCGUGCGCAGAUGAGCAAGAUGCAGUCGCCUACGGCCGAGGCGUUCAAGGUCGCGCUUGCAAAGGAGGAGUACGAGAAGCGCAAGGCGGCCGAACGGCGUGCCAUGGAGGCAAAGGAGCGUGCGCGCGCUCAACAGCAGCAGCAGGCCUCGCAGGAGCGUCGCCAGUCCUCGACGCCCGGCCAGCCAAGUGCCGUCCCUGCGCACGAGAGCGGCAUGCCGCACUCGCGCUCGCGCAGUCUGAGCAUCGACAUGCUCAAGAAUAGCGAGCGCGACACCUCGGUGGGCCAGAAGCGCGCCAGCGGCGCCAUGCGUGCAGCGCAAUGGCGCAACAGCCUGGUCGAGAUGCCUGCGCCGCCUGCCAUGGCUCGCGAUGGCUCUCGCUCGCCCGUCACCGGCAGCGGCAGCAUGGGCCGUCGCGGCUCCAACAGCACGACGCAGAUGGCGGGCAGUGCCAGCUACUUUGCCAUGCCGCAGCCGGCCAGCAUGGGUCGCUCCUACUCGACGUCGCCCGGCGGUCUGCACGGCGCCAACGAGCUGCAGCGCGUCUUUGAGCACGCCGCCGAGCCGACGGUGCAGCAGCGCACCUCGCCCACGAGUCCGCGCAAGCCCUUGACGGAAGCCGACCGCCGUCGCAUCUCGGAGGGUGCGCUCGGCCCGCGCGCUUCGCUUGUGCACCAGCAGGCUUCGCCAGGCGGACUGCUGCGCUUCGAUCCCGUGGCUGCUCAGGCUUGGGAGCAGCACAUUGCGUUGCAGCAACAGCAGCAGCAGAAGAAGGGCACAUCGCCUGCCAGCCCUCGCCAAGGUCGUCCUGCGUCGGGCUACUUCGCCUAGCCCCUCCGUCCAGCUUCGCUCUCGCAGCCCACAUCACACACGUUCACACUCUACUCCACUCUACACCUCGACUUUCUGCUGCAUCAAGACCUACUGACUCCCGCUCUACAUCAUUACAUUACCAGACACCUGCCCACACACAUCAAUCGUCCCUUGCUGCUGCUGCUCCCCGUCCCUGCCUCCCUGCAGACUCUCUCUGGUCAUUCUCUCGCUUUCCCCGCCCUCGCUACACCUCUAUCUGCUGCUACUCGCGCAAUUCAGAUCUGCUUGAGGCGCA